GCGUUAUGUGCCUACCUUGCCGAGUCCGAAACUUCCCAACUUUUAUCUUCCACUCGAAUCUCUCUUUCGUAACCCCCCUUUCGAUGGGGACUCAAGAUGAAGAAGACGCUGCUGUUGUGUUUUAUUCACGGCUUCAAGGGGGGUGACGACACCUUUGGCGAAAAGUCCGAGUUCGCGCAGCAUCUCGCUGCCAUCGUAGGUGCCGCGCUGCCUAAAGUAUCGGUACGCGCUAUCACAUACCCUCGAUAUGAGACCCGCGGCGACUUACACGAGUGCGUCGCUCGCUUCCGCGACUGGCUGCUUAACAAGGUGAUCGACAUCGAGGUCGCCGCCGGAACGCCUUCUCCAACCGUCGACCCUUCCGUUCGUACGAUCCUAAUCGGACAUUCCAUGGGCGGCAUCGUUGCCGCCGAGACUGCCAUCGGCCUCGCUUCCGAGGUACCCGUUACCCAUACCAAUAAAGCCAGUCAUCGCGACAGCCUUACCGUUUUAGUCGGCGAGUCUCUGGGUCCUACAAGCCUCAUGUUCCCCUACAUCCAAGGAGUUCUCGCCUUUGACACUCCUUACCUUGGAAUUUCUCCCGGAGUUGUUGCCCACGGCGCCGAGGGCCACUAUAACAGUCUCAACGGCGCCUUGACCCAGCUGAACGGGCUAUCCAGCAUCUUCUGGAACAACUACAACCAAGCGUCCGGAAACACCGGAGGCGCCAGCAAGAAGCCUGCCGGUGCUCUACCCGCUCCCGAAUCGCCCCAGGACAAGAACAAGAAGCAGGGCGGCGGAGGAUGGGGAUGGGGCCAGAUCGCAGCAGUGGCCGGAGCGGCUGGUGCUUUAGCGGCUGGUGGCGCGGCGGCAUAUAUGAACCGAGAGCAUCUCACCUCGGGGUGGUCGUGGGUCAGUUCGCAUCUCGAAUUUGUAGGAUGUCUAGCCAGAGGUACGGAGCUACGAGAGCGGGUAACAAAGCUGGUGAAGUUGGAUCGGGAAAUGGGCAUCGGCUUUGCGAAUCUAUACACGCGUCUUGGGAAAGCCGCAUCUGCGAAGGAGGUUAGCAUGGUGGGAACCGUCAUGGGUAACGAGCGGACUUUCUGCAAUCUACCCGCGCGCGACAAGCGGACGAUGGGUCUAUGGAUAGAAGCUGUAAACGAUAAGGUGACGGACGAGAUAGGAGCACAUAUGGCAAUGUUCGAGCCCAAAGAGAACCCCGGGUAUCGCAAGUUAUCGGAAGACGCAAAGAACUUGAUAGUGCGCUGGUCCCGCAACGAAUGGUACGAGACGAGCGGCCGACAUGCAAUUGAAUAGACAAGAAGCGCUAAGCGGGGUGUGCAAGCUAUUGUUUAUAGGUGUAUUCUGUCUAUACUUCUACAUAUAUAUUACCCUGACCAGUUACGUGGAUAUUCAUGAAUAUAUAUCUUCCAUCAGGGCUUUGCAACCCGUUCCUUUCGUUACAAUGU